AUGCGUCGAGAGACGUCGCGCGCGCGCGACGUGGACGCCGUCGGCGUGGAUGGCAUCCACGAGAGACUUCAGGACGAUGACGAUGAGACAUCGCGCGUGGUGUUCGAGCGUUGGCGCGCGUUCGAUCGCGCCGUGGAUGCGUUGGAGACGGUGACGCGCGGUGCGCGGGAGGAGACGGCGGGUGGGGCGGCGCGGGCGUCGGAACGGGAGGGAGACGCGGGGUGGGGCGCGGAGGCGGAGGCGCCAGAGGCGUUCUUCGACGUCUUGGUCGUCGGGUGCGGAUUGAGCGGGUGCACGAUCGCGGAGCGGUGCGCGAACGAGUUGGGUUUGAAGGUGUUGAUCAUCGAUAAGCGCGAUCACGUCGGUGGGAAUUGUUACGAUUACGUAGAUGAAAAGUGUGCGAUUCGGCGGUCAAUGUACGGCGCGCACUUGUUUCACACCAAGCACGAACGCGUGUGGGAAUACGUCCAAAGGUUCAGCGAGUGGAUCCCGUACGAACACAGAGUGCGUGGACGCGUGAUGAGGGACGAUGGGAAACCCGUCACGGUCCCGAUCCCGCCCACGAGGGAAACUGUGAAUAAAUUGUUUGACGAAGAUGUGCGCACGGACGCGGAGAUGGAGGCGUGGUACGGACGCGAACGGAAACUGCCGCCAAAUGGUGACCCGCCGGCGAACGGUGAGGAAGCGGCGUUAGCGCGCGUUGGUGAACGCCUGUACGAGAAAGUAUUCAGGCAUUACACGAAGAAGCAGUGGGAUAAGGAACCGAAAGAGCUCGACGCGAGCGUGUUGCAGCGCCUGCCGUGUCGCGUCACCGCGGACGACCGGUACUUUAGCGAUCCGCAUCAGGCGCUACCGCGCCGAGGGUACACUCGGGUUUUUGAGAACAUGCUCACGAGCAAUGAUUUGAUCACAGUCAGGCUCGAGUGCGACUAUUUCGAGUUGCUUCGUCGCGGCAAAUUUCCAAGGCGCGCGUUUACUGUUUACACGGGACCGAUCGACGGCUAUUACGCCUCGCUCGGGAUGCCUCGUUUGGAGUACAGGUCGUUACGUUUCGAAGAGGAGUACAUCAACGAUACGCCCGCGGAUUCUGAAAAUGGAUACUUUUUCCAAGAGGCCAUGGUUGUGAAUUACCCGGGCGCGGACGUCGACUACACGCGCAUCGUCGAGUACAAGCACACGCCGAAUCAACCGCCCGGUCGUAAAGACCGACCGGGUACGGUGAUCGUGCGCGAGUACUCCAGUGACGUUGGUGAGCCGUAUUAUCCCGUGCCGACGUCGAAGAAUCGCGAGCUGUACGAAAAGUACGCCGAGCUCGCGGCGCGCGAGCCGCACGUCGCCUUUGUCGGUCGCCUCGCGUCGUACAAGUACUUCAACAUGGACGAAGCCGUCCUGAACGCGCUGGAGAUGUUUGAUAAUUUAAAAGAAAAAGGUGUGCUCGCGGUGAAGCGUCCACCGAGUGAAUUUUAA